GAGACAUAGCGUCUGUAAACGAUUCUGUACUUUCAGUUUGCCCAAGAUUAUUAUUUAGACAGUAAAAAACUUCUCUCGUUUCGAAAGUACUUACAGAAAUAUCCGGGAGAGCUCGCGCGUGGCGUUUUCAGUGAGCGCUGACAGCAAAACCUAUGAGGAGCGCGCCACGUGAUCCCUCAUACUACGCCAGCGAGGCGCUUCCGAUAGAUGGAGACUCCGUAACUCCUCGCCGCCAAUAAUACUGUACUUAGUUUAAUAAGUAAACUGAUUGCCUUGGCUUUCCUUGGAAAUCAUUUCGACCAGGACACAAUUAUUCUGUUGUUACGUAAUUCAAGCAGAUAUUGGGGCUUUUAAAAAAAAAACGUUUGAAGCAGUAAAAGAACACUGUAAAGUGCAACUAUACCUAUAACUCAUGGUUCCACAACAUCGUGCAAUCACCUCCUACAGUGCUCUUUACAAGAUAACGUGGGCCUAUAUUGACGAGUCGGCGUCUCCCUGCUGCUGACCACAGUGAUCAAGUGAUAAAAGAUGUAAAUGCACUUUGCUAGCUUUUUUUUUUUCCGAGACGCUGCUCACCUCCCUUGCCCAUUGCUUAUUUCAUUUGUGUUUACAUCAUGCCAUUUCAGUUGCAGGGUUCUUGCCGUGAGCCUCUGCAUCGUCGGCUUGGUCCUUUGUACUACCAUGAUCAUCCUAGAACUCAAGGACCCUCUGCCAGCUGCUCGGACAUCGUCGGAAUGCCUGGUCGUAUGGACUUCGGCAGGAAAAGUCCGAGGCAAACUCGUAAAGUACAAUAUCACAGACACCGUCUACAGCACCGUUGCCUUCUACGGUAUCCCCUUCGCGGAACCUCCCGUUGGCCGAAACAGAUUUAUGGCGCCCAAAUGCGCGAAACCGCGCAGCGGAGUUUUCGACGCCACAUACAAGAGACCACCUUGCAAGCAGCCGGACACGCACAAGCCAAGGAACUACACCAUGGACCCCUCCAACACGACUGAGGACUGCCUGCACAUUAACGUAUGGGUGCCGGGUACUUGCGCGAAUCCUGGAAAAGCGCACGCCGUCGUGUUCUGGCUGCAUGGAAGCGCCUUCGCGGGCGGCGUGAGCAGUUACGACUUCUACGACGGCCGCUUCUUGUCCGGUCUGGGGAACUUGGUGGUCGCGGUGCCCAACUACCGCGUCUCACUCUUCGGCUUCCUCAACUCGGGCACGGGUCACGGCGUGCGGGGCAACAUGGGUCUGCACGACCAAGUUCUGGCGCUGCGAUGGGUUCGCGACAACAUCGGUCGCUUCGGCGGAGACCGCGACAACAUCCUGGUGGCCGGCGACAGCGCAGGCGCCACAUCGCUGACGCUCCUGAUGGCUAGUCCGCUGGGUUCGCCGUCCACCUUCAAUAGGGCUUACCUCCUGAGUGGCACCGUGAUGCCGGACCUGAUGUCUAACGCGGGCAACAAGGCACGGGCUACUUUCGAAGCGAUCGCAGAUGCCACUCAGUGCCAGACGGAUAAUGCGACCGCCGUGUUGCGCUGUCUUCAAGAGCGAAACGCCUCGGCACUCCUCGAAGCCUCCGAAGGAGUACACAUGCAACUCACACCGAGCCGAGAGGGACCACUGCUCCCCGCGGACGCCAUAGAAAUUGGUAAACGUGACAUAAGGCAUCUUGAAGUUAUGAUGAGCAAUACCCUGAACGAGGCCACGUCGUUGUUCCAGACCCUUCAGCCGCAGUUUCAAGGCAAAAAGCAGGCGCAUCCCAAAGAAACCAUCAGGGCGGUGUUCAAGGAGCGCUUCGGCGGUGUGAGCGAUCUGGUUAUUGACAUCAUGUUCGAUAUCCUCAAAGAGAAGCACUACGACGUCGACGACCCAGACUAUAAAGGUUGGGCCGACUUGAUCGACGACAUGCUCUUCCGUUGUCCGGCAAUGAGUUUCGCAACCAAGCUAGCGAAAAGCGGGGCGACCGUUUAUUACUACAUCUACGAACCAAAGCCAUCGUCUACGUUGCUCGACGGCGACAGCACAACCCACGGCGAAGACGUGCUUGUAUUAUUCGGCACAGUAACCUUUCUCUACCCUGAGCUUGGUACGGCCGAAGAAAGAGCCACAACGCUUCGCAUGAUUCGCACACUCUCCAAUUUCGCAAAUAACGGGUCUGUGCCGAAGCUGGUAGACGGCAGUUCGUGGCGGGCGGUUCACAAUGGGUCCAACGAGGAGAUAGUGCGGCUCACGCACGACGGCUACAACUACAGCAGCAGCCCAGACCACGACUGCUUGCUGGAUGAAGAUAUCCUCAAAUAUAGAGGACUAGAGCCGGUCAGAUCGUCACAGCGGGCUAUGACAGCUUUGAAUGUCUUCGACGGGACCCUGCGGCGGGUGGCAGAAGAACUUAUGCGGCUCUAUAUGCGACAUGGUCUCGCAUAA